AUGUCUCGUUACGUGACCACUGUCGAUUCAGCAGAUCGUCCUCAUGUCGCAUACCGUCACCCUGUUUGCGGGGAGCUGGGAGGAGCGCGUGGCACUCUGGACACAGCGGGACCUGCAGCCGUGGGAGGGUUGUUGGGGUGGAGGGAUUGGAAGGAGCGUCAUCGCUCCUCCGCUCCUUCCUGGUUUGAUUUGUUGGGUUGUGCCGAUGUAUAG